CAGCGGCGGCGGCCUCAUGACGCAUCGCCGUUGACAGUUGUAAAACUUCCACACGCACACGCAUCCAGACACACAAAUACACGCGCUUUUCGCCGCCACACACUCCCGCCGAGCUGCCAGAGGAGCCUCCGCCGCUCCGAGCCUCCACCUCCGUCUCCAUCUGCGCGCCGCGCGGCCUUUCUGCUGCGCGCGUCCAGCUGCGCGCAAACCUCUCGCUCCAGGCGCACCGACCUUGCGCCCCGGCAGCUUACGAAGAGGAAAAAAGAGGAAAAAAACAAAACAAAGAGAGGAAUUAUGUCUUCCAAGUCGGCGGAGAGCCUGAAGCUGGCGGAGGAGCAGGUCAAAGUGCUGGAGGACAGUUUCAAGAAAGUCACCCGGCACCCGGAGGGCAUGACGCUCAUGCUGAUCGCCGCGGAGUGCGGCCUCACUGAGGAGGAAACGCUGAAAUGGUUCAACAUACGCAACCAGCAGUGGAGGCAGGAGGAGGGACUUCCGGCUGAACUGGGAUCAGUGUUGGACUGACGCCGGCCUUGCUUUUCUCCUGGACAAACUGACCCCCGCCCCCUUGUCUCCUCAUGUACCCCCCCCCCCCCCCAUUCCCUCCACAUGUCAUUCACAUGUUCUAUCUAUGAAGCUAUUUUAACUUACUGUACUGAGUGUGUAGGUGUUUGUGUGAAACAGCCAUGUCUGCAGAAAUAAAGACAUUAUUAGAAGUGGA